AGCAAGGGCGCUUUGGCUCGCCUUAGAGAGUUUUCAAGAUGUCGGUGCCGUUGGCGGUAAUUUCAGUUGCCAGUUUGUGGGGACCCUACAAAUACAUUUGGCAGACAGUAGUUAAUGCUAUUUGGAAAAGGCAACCUGAAGCGAUUCAUCUUCUUGACCAGAUUUUAAAGAAACAUAAACCUGACUUCAUAUCGCUAUUCAGGAAUCCGCCAAAAAAUGCACAACAACACGAAAAGGUUCAGAAAGCAAAUACAGAAGGAGUUGCUGUCCAGGGCCAGCAGGGAACCAGGAUCUUACCAGAGGAGCUCAUCAAAGAGGCCUUUAUCCUGAGUGAUCUUUUUGAUAUUGGGGAAUUGGCAGCUGUUGAACUCCUCCUGGCUGGAGAGCACCAACAGCCUCGUUUUCCUGGGCUAACUAGGGGCUUAGUAGCUGUUCUCCUAUACUGGGAUGGGAAGCUCUGCAUUGCAAAUUCAUUGCGAACGCUUAUCCAGUCUCGGCGAGGCAAGACAUGGACAUUGGAGCUCAGUCCGGAGUUGGUGUCCAUAACAACACGUUUUACAGAUGAGCUGAUGGAGCAGGGUUUAACUCAUAAAAUUCUGACUUUGCUGUCUCAAAUUGAUGUAAACACUGAGUUUGAGAAACUGCAGAGAGAGCGAGGGCUGGGAAAUGAGAAACAUCGGAAAGAGGUUGCUGAUUUCAUCAAGGACUGUCGGCAGGCAUUGGCAGAGAGCUUGUUUGUUUGGUCUUGCCAGUCAUCACUGAGCCGGGAUGAUACUUUAAUCCUUAUUAGUUACUUAGAAAAAGUGACUGUGGAAGCUAAUGGUUCAUUGGACAGAGUCAACAUGGCACUUCUUAUGGCUCUCCUCUAUUGCUUUGAUGUCAGCUUCCUCGAACAGGCUACUGAAGAUCGGGAAGAGCUGAUGCACCAAUUGCCACUGUUAACAGAGAGACAAUAUAUAGCUGCAAUCCACACACGUCUUCAAGAAUCUCGGCCUUGGAAACUACCAGGACUUCAAGCCACUGUUAGGUUAGCCUGGGCACUAGCUUUGCGUGAAAUUUCACAGUUCUCUGAUGUGACAGCAUUUGCAGAAUUUACAGAAGCAGAUGAAGCAAUUGCAGAGUUAGCAAUUGGGGAUAAUGUCUUUCUGUUCCUUACUGAAUCUGUGGUGAGAGCAGAAAACUUUUACCAGGAGGAAUUUUACAUACGUAGAAUCCACAACCUUGUCACAGACUUCCUUGCACUCAUGCCAAUGAAAGUGAAACAGCUGAGAAACCGUGCUGAUGAAGAUACUCGUAUGAUCCACAUGAGUAUACAGAUGGGUAACGAACCUCCUCUUUCACUUAGACGGGAUCUAGAGCAUCUGAUGCUUUUAAUUGCUGAGUUGUACAAGAAGGAUCCCUUUAAUUUGGAACUUGCUCUUGAGUAUUGGUGUCCUUCAGAGCCUCUGCAGAGCUCCACCAUCAUAGGAUCUUAUCUUGGGAUAGCCCAUCAAAGACUCCCUCAGCGUCAGGUUGUUUUAUCUAAAUUUGUUAGACAAAUGGGAGACCUCCUUCCUUCUACAAUAUACAUUCCUUAUCUGAAAAUGCUCCAAGGAUUGGCCAAUGGUCCCCAGUGUUCUCAUUACUGCUUCACUUUGCUAAAGGGCAAUGGCAGCAGUCAUGCUGAAAACAUCCAAGGAGCAGGUGGCAGUCCUGUCUCCUGGGAACAUUUCUUCCACUCUUUGAUGCUGUACCAUGAACACUUACGGAAAGAUUUGCCCAGUGCAGAUAGCAUCCAGUAUCGUCAUCUUCCUCUCAGAGGCAUCACUCAAAAAGAACAAGAUGGAUUGAUUGCCUUUCUGCAGCUUACAAAAACUAUAGUGAAGUGGAGUGAAAAUGCUCGCUUGGCUCUCUGUGAACACCCUCAGUGGACACCAGUGGUUAUCAUUUUGGGACUUCUGCAAUGUAGCAUCCAUCCUAUUUUGAAAGCCGAAUUAUUAGAGACUCUCUCAGCCUUUGGGAAAUCUCCUGAAAUUGCUGCUUCACUAUGGCAGUCAUUGGAGUACACACAGAUACUGCAAACUGUAAGGACUCCAGGCCAAAGACAAACCAUUGGAAUUGAGGUUGAAUUGAAUGAAGUUGAAUCCCGGUGCGAGGAGUACCCUUUAACGCGUGCCUUCUGCCAUCUCAUUAGCACACUGGUAGAGAGUUCAUUUCCUUCUAACCUGGGUGCUGGGUUGCGUCCCCCAGGCUUUGACCCCUAUCUGCAAUUUUUGAGAGACUCUGUGUUUCUUCGGUUUCGUACAAGGGCCUACCGGAGAGCUGCUGAGAAGUGGGAAGUAGCAGAAGCAGUCCUGGAGGUUUUUUACAAAUUGCUCAGAGAUUAUGAACCUCAACUUGAAGAUUUUGUGGACCAAUAUGUAGAGUUACAAGGAGAAGAAAUUAUAGCUUAUAAACCACCUGGAUUUAAUCUGAUGUAUCAUCUAUUAAAUGAGUCCCCAAUGUUGGAACUCUGCCUUAGCUUGCUGGAAGAAGGGGUUAAGCAACUAGAUACCUAUGCUCCUUUCCCUGGAAAGAAGCAUAUGGAGAAAGCAGUACAGUAUUGUCUUGGGCUGCUCAAUUUGACUCUGCAGAAAGAGAACCUUUUCAUGAACUUCUUAAGGGAAAGCCAUCUCUCCCUAAUAGUUACAUCACUAGAACAGCUGCUGCAAGGAAUCAACCCUCAGACUAAAAAGACAGACCAUGUGGUGAAUAUUGCCAGGUACCUUUAUCAUGGCAGUACCAAUCCUGAACUGGCUUUCGAAAGUUCCAAGAUCCUGUGUUGUAUUUCUUGCAAUUCUAACAUUCAGGUCAAAUUGAUUGGAGACUUUACACAAGAUCAGAGUAUCAGCCAGAAAUUAAUGGCCGGGUUUGUGGAAUGUUUGGACAAUGAAACAGCAGAAGAAAUAAUUAAUUCUGAUGAAGCUGAAAAGAAGCAGGCUCCGAUCUAUCAUGAAACAAGGAUUAAUAUCCUGAACCUUCUCAUCACUUCACUGGAGUGCAGCCCACCCAAUCUUGCUCUAUAUCUCUUGGGUUAUGAAUUCAAGAAGCCUGUGAGCAACACAAACUUGCAGGAUCCAGGUGUGUUGGGCUGCCGUCGAACUUGUCUUCAUGCUAUUUUGAACAUUCUGGAAAGUGGUACUGAAACAAGGUCUGGUCCCACAGCAGUUCAGCAAUCUCCUCAUCUAGCAGAGUUGUGUUAUCAGGUGAUCUAUCAAUUGUGUGCAUGCUCAGACACUUCAGGCCCAACUAUGAGAUAUUUGAGGACCAGCCAGGAUUUCUUAUUCUCUCAGCUACAGCAUUUACCGUUUUCUGUCAAAGAGCAUGAGAUUCCAGCCUUGACCCAGAUGUCAUGGCUAAUGAAGACUGCAUCUAUAGAAUUGCGAGUUACUUCACUGAACCGCCAGCGUUCUCACACACAGAGACUCUUGCACCUCCUACUGGAUGAUGUGCCAGUCAAAUCUUACCUAGCUGAUGGUGAGGGAGGGAUAGAAGAUGAAACUCGUUCUGUCAGUGGGUUUCUUCACUUUGAUACUGCUUCUAAAGUACGCAGGAAAAUCUUGAGCAUCCUUGAUUCAAUUGACUUCAGUCAAGAGAUUCCAGAACCUUUGCAGCUGGAUUUUUUUGACCGGGCUCAAAUUGAGCAGGUCAUUGCCGACUGUGAGAACAAGAAUGCACGUGGUCCAGUUAUCUGCAAUGUCAAGCAUCUUCACAAAGUUUUGAUUGCUGAAGUUAAUGCUCUGCAAGGAAUGGCAGCCCUUGGACAAAGACCUUUACUUAUGGAGGAAAUCAAUACAAUUCUCCAAUAUGUUGUGGAACGGAACAAACUACUUCAGUGUCUCUAUGCAAAGCGACAUGCACUUGAGUCCUGGAGGCAGCUGGUAGAAAUCAUAUUAACUGCCUGCCCACAGGAUCUCAUACAACCUGAAGACAGACAGCUUAUUAUCCGUGAUCUGUUACAAGACUUGCAUGACAAGAUCCUGAAUGAUGAUGCAGCUCAGGAGUUAAUGCCUGUGGUGGCAGGAGCUGUGUUUACUCUGACCACCCAUCUAAGCCAAUCUGUUCGAACAGAGCAAAAAGAGCCAUUUGCUGUCCCUUUACCUGGACACUCCCAGUUUGUCUUGAUGCUGGAUGGCUCUUUCACAACCCCACCAGGUUCUGAAGGCAUGGUGGUGGGAUUUGCAUCCAUUGGAGACUCUUCUUUACAUAUCAUACUGAAAAAAAUUCUGGAUUUUAUUCUGAAAACAGGUGGUGGGUUCCAGCGAGUGAGAACACACCUGUAUGGAUCACUGCUCUACUACUUACAGAUUGCUCAAAGACCAGAUGAGCCAGACACCCUAGAAGCAGCCAAAAAGACCAUGUGGGAGCGUUUAACAGCUCCUGAAGAUGCUUUCAGUAAGUUGCAGCGAGAAAACAUGGCAAUUAUUGAAAGCUAUGGCUCUGCCCUAAUGGAGGUGGUCUGCCGAGAUGCCUGUGAUGGUCAUGAGAUAGGACGGAUGCUAGCACUAGCCUUACUUGAUCGCAUCAUUUCUGUGGAUAAGCAGCAACAAUGGUUGCUGUAUCUCUCCAACAGCGGCUAUCUAAAAGUGCUUGUGGAAAGCCUAGCAGAUGAUGACCUCAAGCUGCAAAGCUUGCUUACACCUCAGCCUCCUCUACUUAAAGCACUCUACACCUAUGAGUCAAAAAUGGCUUUCUUGACCAAAGUAGCUAAAAUACAGCAGGGAGCACUAGAGUUACUGAGAUCUGGAGUGAUUGUGAGGCUUGCACAGUGUCAAGUAUAUGACAUGCGACCUGAAACAGAUCAGCAGAGAAUAUUUGGAAUGCAGGAACCUCCAGUCUUCAUUCCUGCCCCUGUAGAACGCUAUCGCCAGAUUCUUCUGCCAGCUCUCCAGUUGUGCCAGGUCAUCCUCACUUCUAGUACGGUGCAGCAUCUGCAGGCUGCAGGACAGGUUUUGCAGUUUCUGAUUUCCCACUCAGAUACAAUCCAGGCCAUCUUGCGAUGCCAGGAAGCCAGUGCGGGAUCUUUGCAAGAGCUGGCCUUAUUGACUGGAAUAAUCAGCAAAGCCGCUCUACCUGGUGUGUUGGGUGACUUAGACCUUGAUGUUAAUGAAGGAAUGCAGAUUGAAUUGCAAGGACAUAUAGGACGGUUUCAGCGUCAGUGCCUGGGCCUUCUAACACGGUUUGGUGGUUCAGAUAGACUGCGUCAGUUUAAGUUGCAAGACAAUCAUGCCGAGGGAGACAAAGUGAACAAGAAGGAUGAAAUUGAGCUGGCCAUGCAGCAGAUCUGUGCCAAUGUGAUGGAAUACUGCCAGUUGCUUAUGGUACAGUGUGCCCCCACUUUUGAGCACACCGUCUGCCUCUUCACUCCCAGCCUUUCUGAAUCCACAAACCGAGAUGGAGCUCGGCAAGAUACACAACCACCAGUGAUCCCCUACUGGCGUUUGCCUGGCCUGGGUAUCAUCGUCUAUCUGUUAAAACAAAGCGCUAACGACUUCUUCAGCUACUAUGAUAGCCAUCGUCAGAGUGUUAGCAAGUUGCAGAAUGUGGAACAACUACCACCCGAUGAGAUAAAAGAGUUGUGCCAGUCAGUUAUGCUAGCUGGAGUAGACAAAAUCUCUACUGCCCAAAAAUACAUCUUGGCAAGGCGACGUUUGGUGAAACUGAUCAACAAUCGAGCCAAAUUACUUUCUCUGUGUUGCUAUAUCAUAGAAACGUGCCUUUUUAUUCUUUGGAGGCACCUGGAACAUUAUCUGCUGCACUGUACCCCUGCAGAUUCCCAAGAUUCUAUUUUGGCCUCCAGAACUCCGUUGAAAAGCAGGAGAUUACAAGAUUCCUUCAGGUCAGAGCCUAACUUCGAUUUUAGAAGUGGAUUGAGCAGAGUGAGCCAACUUGAUAUAGAUCAGCUUCAGAUUGAAGCCUCCAACAGUUUUGGGGAAUCACUGCAGAAGAAGCUCCUUGACAUUGAAAGCCUGUAUUCUAAGGUCCGGUCACGCUACACUUUCAUUCAAGCGCUUGUUAGACGUAUCCGUGGUCUGUUAAGGAUAUCAAGGACCUGAAGACUAAAGCUUGUAGCUUGUGCCUCACUGAAGUUUUUUCUAUACAUCGUUUUCUAAAUUAUGGUCAAAAUUAUUUUGCUAUAUUUUUUUCAUUACAAGAAUGAGUCACGUUUGUGUAUUCCUCCGCUUUACCAAGGGGGCUAAAAAUAAAAGUUUUUAAAAACA